AUGUUCGAGCUGCAGCACCACCCCAGGGAUUUAACGUCCAAAAUGGCUACCAUACCAGUUUGGCAUACUCUGUGUCCUCACGUUCAAAAAUUCAAAAAUUUAAGACCCUGCACUUCAUCAUUUAGAGUCUGUUCAAGAAAUGGUUUCCAAAAUACGUCCAGAUCUUCCUCAACCACAAGUGUUGCAAAUCCGAUACUGUCCUCCUUAGAUGUUAAACGGAUUUUAUUUCAAAAAAUUACCGAUAAAGGAGACGAGUUGGUAAAAGCCUUCCUGCUGCUCGAUCCCAGCUACAGCAUGACGGUGUCCAAGAGCGAGCUGCGGAGGGUCAUCAACACCUUCCUGCUGACGCUCACCAGGGAGCAGUUCCAGGACGUGCUGGCCGAGAUCCACCUCACCAGCGCGGGUGCUGUUCCGUACCUCCAGUUCCUGUCCAGGUUUGGCGGGAUGGACCUAAAUGUAAAUCUUAUAAAGAGGUGCAGUGGAGGCGAAGUGAAUGGCGGCCGGACCCUGAAAGAACUGGAAACCCUUGUAGGAGAGAAGAUUUAUAAAAACAUGAAAGCCGUGGUCCGCGCCCUCAACCUCAUCGACGUGAACAGGACGGGCCGGAUGCAGCCCAAGGAGCUGCGGCGUGUCCUGGAGACCUUCUGCCUGCGGAUGACGGAGGAGGAGUACAGGAAGUUUGCAGAACACUACAGCAUUAAUACGGAUGCCUCAGUGGAUUACAAUGCCUUUUUGAAGAGCCUCAGUAUAAAUAAUAACUUAAACCUCAAGUAUUAUUUGGGAGAUCAAGGGGCCUCAGGGGAGAAUCAACAAGCAAAAACUGCCUCGAGGGACUGCGUCUUCCGCUGUUCCGAUGCACCCGAAAGCCACUGGGAGGACCGCUCCUUGGAUGAAAUCGGCAGGGCCUUUUGCCAGGAGCUUUCCAAGUGCCGCGAGAAGGUGGAGAAGGCCCUGAGCGCCGGGGACCCCUCCAAGUGCGGGUACAUCUCCCUCAAUUACCUCAAGAUCGUCCUGGACUCCUUCGUGUUCCAGUUGCCGCGGAGGGUCUUCAUCUCGCUGAUGAAACGAUUUGGACUUAGAACCACCAACAGAAUCUACUGGAAGCAGUUUCUGACGUUGCUGCACGACCCUCAGUGGUUGGAGGCUCCGGGUUCCGGUCCCCCGGCCAAGAAGGAUAGCACCAGCCCUAGGAAUCAGUGUUGCGAGGAAAAUAUUAUCACCAAGUUAUUCGGACGAGAAGACCACUACACGCUGCUGAGGAAGACGCUGCUGAUGGUCAGCUCGAAGGUGAAUGGGCGGAUAAAAGGGCAAGAACUGCAGCAUACCAUCAACUCCCUGGUCGUAAAGCUGAGCGACUCAGAGUUCAAGGAACUGAUGCGGACGCUGGACCCCGGGGACUCGGGCCUGGUGGACAUCUACAGGUUCCUGGAGCUGCUGGAGGAGAGCCGUGGGAAGAUGGGGAAGCCGUCCUCCGGGGGGGACGCCCAGGCGUCACAGCUGCUGGCCUGGGACUUAGUGGAAGGGAUGGUGCGGGACUCCAUCAGCAGGAACCUCCUGGCGUUCUACGACCUGCUGUGCUCCUACGACUUGGGAGGCACGGGGCUCAUCGGGGCGAACAACUUCAAGAAAGUGAUGCAUAUCUUCUGCCCGUGCCUGACGACGGAGCAUUUAGCAACACUCUGCAGCAAGUUUAAGGAUUCAGCCUCGGGAAAGGUCCUGUACAAGAACCUCCUGGCCAGCAUGGGCGUCCAGGGCCUGCCCGCCGCCCGUCCAGCUAAUGCCAUGAAGGACCGGCCGCCCCGUGAGCACGGGCAGAAGGGGCCACCGCCGGAGAGCGCCGAGAGAGCCAAGCCCACGGAGGACAAAAGCACCUGGACCAAGACGGUGACCAAGGACGAAGCGGUGGAAAAGCUCCGGCACUGGGUCCAGCAGCAGGACCCCGCGUUCAAGAAACAAUUCCUCAACUUCAGCAAGGAUCUCGAUGGCAGAGUGAACUGGUGCAACUUCAGGAAGGUGCUGGAAAAUAACGGGAUGCCCAUGGAUGAUGACCAGUACGCUAGCUGACUGCAGCUGACUGCAACCAUCGGAUAUAAGAAAGAAGGGAUGAAUUACCUGGAUCUCGCAGCAGGAUUUGAAGGUUUAUAUGGGGCCUCACUUGGGGAUGAUGGGGGCACGGGCGUUCCUGGGCCGCCGCGGGGCUGGGAGGGCUCUGACGGCGCUCUGUUGCAGAACCUGUUCGCGGCCUUCUUCCGCAUGGACACCAACAGGGACGGCAUCGUCAGCAUGCAGGACCUGCACAGGCUGCUGGAGCACCUGCUCUUCAACCUCAGAGACGACCAGUUCGAGCGCCUCGUGGCCCUCCUGGGCUUGAGGCUCAGCGUCACGCUGAAUUUUCGGGAAUUUCAAAAUCUGUUUGAGGAGACACCACCCACAACAGAUGACCCGCCUCAACGACUCAUCAGACAAAAGCAGAAGGUCACAGAUUCAGAACUAGCUUGCGAGCAGGCUCACCAGUACCUUGUCACCAAAGCAAAAAACAGGUGGACAGACUUGUCUAAGAAUUUUACAGAAACCGACCAUGAGGGCGCCGGCAUUCUUCGCCGACGGGACAUAAAGAACGCGCUGUACGGCUUCGAUGUUCCCCUCACGCCGCGAGAACUGGAGAAGCUGUGGAUGCGCUAUGACACCAAGGGGCGGGGGCACAUCACGUACCCGGAGUUCCUGCACCAGCUGGGGAUCACGUACUCGGCGGACGUGCACCGGCCCUACGCGGAGGACCACUCCAACUUCAUGGGCCACUUCAUGAAGCCGCCGCCGCCAGAGCCACCACGGAAGGAGCGCCCAGCGCAGUGCCCAGAACAGCCCCCAGAGCAGCACCCUGCGCAGCAGCCGGGCACGGACACGGACAAGCCAGCCAGGGAGAAGCUGAAGGACCGCAGUGAAGACAUCAGGAAGGCGCUGACCAAGCUGGACACGUGCGGCAGCGGCUCGGUGUCCCUGUGCCAGCUGCAGAGGGCGCUGCGGGACAGCGGCUGUCCCCUGAAGGAGGCGGAGCUGGCCGCGCUCCUGGGCAGUUUGGGAAUCAGCUGGCAAAACAAUUCCAUCAAUUACCUUGACUUCUUGAGGGCCGUGGAGGACGGCAAACCAUCCGGAGCUGAGCCGAAAGAGAGCGAGGCGGGCGUGCAGGUCAAUUUUGCGAAACUGAGUCCGGAGGAGGUUCUGAAGAAUGUCCAGAAAGUGGUGGCUGCCUCCGGUCCGGCUCUGGCCACGGCGUUUUCUGCCGUGGACAGAGAGGACACGGGGUUCCUGAAGGCUUCGGACUUUGGACAAGUGCUGAAGGAUUUCUGUUACAAGCUGACAGAUAACCAGUUCCAUUACUUCCUGAGGAAACUGCGACUUCACCUGACGCCCUGCAUCGGCUGGAAGUACUUCCUGCAGAGCUUCGGCGGCUUCCUGGAAGAGGUGAGUGCCCGCGGCUCCUGGACCAGGGGCUGGAACGCACUUUUGCAGAACGAGUAA